AGGCAUUUCAUCAAACAUGUCAGCGAAGUGGCGCGCCCUUCAGCACCGCCACCGCUACACCUACAGCGCCGUCGUGUUCCCUCAUUCCUUCAUCGAAUCUCUCCACCACCUCCUCUCCCACCAACUCUGUUCCCAUUUACAUGCCAAACUCCUUCACCUCACUUCCCUCAACUCCACAUACGCUCAACUCAACGACGCUAAGCAACUCGCUUUCUCAUUCUCCGACUUCCUCAUCCGCUCCGAACCCGAACCCGAAUCCGUAUCCGAACCCGCGGUCCGUUUGGCUUCUGGGUUUUACUUGGAGCUUGUGUUUCUUGAAAAUUCCGUGCCCUUGCACCGAACCCUUGUUUCUGUUCUCGCAAAGGUGCGAACUUUCCGUUCAAUAAUUGGUGGGUCUUUCCUUAAACUCUGCGAGGGCUAUGGUAACCGUGGCAAGGGGAAACGGUUCACCGUGUCGCGCGCGGUGUUGUCGGUUCUGGGUAUGCCCAAGUUGGGGUACCUGGUUGAUGUUGUUGAAGGUUGUGCUGUUUUGGUAGCUUGGGACGUGGUUCGUGGUUUAAACGGUGUCGUUUUGGAGACCAAUGAUGGAUUGGCUCGACCUUCCCCAAUUGUUAUGGAACAGUGUCAAGAGGCUUUGUCUUGCUUGUAUUACUUGCUGCAGAAGUUUCCUUCCAAGUUCAGGGAAUUGGGUAGUUCUGAGAAUGGCGUGGUUCUAGAAGAAUUAGAAGGUUAUUCAAGUGUUAUGGAAGGGAUUGUUACUGUUGUUUUGAGCAUAUUGAAUUCCUCUGCGUUUUCCAGGGAUUGCUUUGUGGCUGCUGGGAUAGCACUCUGUGCAGCUCUUCAAGUUUGUAUCAGUUCUGAAGAGCUUGGACUGGUCUUGUUUCAAGGUAUAUUUAACUUAAAGGCCUCGAAUUCGGAUGUUGGUGGUUAUUGUGACAGUGAAUUUAGAAAUGCCAUUGAUAAAAUUCCUUGUAAGGGGGUAUCUAUCAGGGAAUGUAGUCUUUCUGUGCUGAGUAGGCUUUAUCUUAUAAGAGGGAUUCUUACUGCAGUUUCUAGAAACUUGCUUAACACUCAUUUUGGUGAUGUAAAUGGCUACGAGGUUCGAAAAGACGUUGGAGGGCGUAUCAAGACUAUAUUGUAUGAUGGAAUUUUGCCUGAGCUAUGCAAGUAUUGUGUGAACCCUGUUGAUAGCCAUUUCAAUUUUCAUGCAUUGACUGUGAUGCAAAUUUGUUUACAACAGAUAAAAACAUUGAUGUUAUUGAAUCUUACAGAUUUGUCGGGAGAGUAUGAUCCUAUUCCUGCAGAAAUGGGGAUGCGGAUACUUAGGAUUAUCUGGAAUAACUUGGAAGACCCUUUGAGUCAAACGGUGAAACAAGUUCAUCUCAUUUUUGAUCUUUUCAUGGACAUUCAAUCAUCCAUUUGUUGGUCAGAGGGUGGUGACAAAAUAAACAAGUCUUUGCAGAAGAUCGGAUCAGAUAUUCUUUCCCUGAGGUCAAGAUGUAAGGGAAGAUAUGUUCCUCUAGCAUUGCUAACCAAGAGGUUGGGAGCGAAGAAAAUGUUAGAGAUGAACCCGAACCUUAUAUUUGAGGCAAUACAGGCAUAUGUCGAUGACGAUGUCUGCUGUGCUACCACAUCAUUUCUCAAGUGUUUCCUUGAGUAUUUGUGUGAUGAGUGUUGGGAGACUGAUGGCAUUGAAGGUGGGUAUGCCCUCUAUAGAGGGCAUUGUCUUCCCCCAAUUCUGUAUGGGCUAGCUUCUGGAUUCUCAAAACUUCGAACCAAUAUAAAUACUUAUGCUCUGCCAGUUUUACUGGAAGUGGAUGUGGAUAGUAUAUUUCCUAUGCUUAGUUUCAUUUCAGUUGGGCCAAAUGGGGAUGAAAAUGAACUGCAAUAUCCAGAGCUUGUUUGUGUGAACUUGGAAUUGAAUCUUGAACAGAGAAUUGCAAUUCUAGUUUCUUUGCUCAAGGUAUCUCGGUCACUUGCUUUGGUUGAAGGGGACAUUGAUUGGUCUGAAAAUCCUUCAGCAGAUGAAAAAGAGCCUGGGCUGGGAACAGAAAGGCAUGCUCUUGUUUGCAUAAAGGGAAUAAAUGUUGAGAUCCAUGUUCAGUGGCUAGUAAAUGCAUUGACCCAUGUGGAUGAGUCACUACGUGUUGAUGCUGCUGAGUCUCUUUUCUUAAACCCCAAGACGUCUAGUCUGCCUUCUCAUUUAGAGCUAACUCUAAUGGAGGAAGCUGUGCCUUUGAAUAUGAGGUGUUGCUCUACUGCUUUUCAGAUGAAGUGGAGCAGCUUGUUUCGUAAGUUCUUCUCUAGGGUUCGAACAGCCCUUGAGAGACAAUUCAAGCAAGGAAGCUGGAACCCUCUUGAGCAUAAUAAAGCUAAUGAAGUGUAUCCUUUGAAAGGUAAUAAAGAAUUGGCAAUUAAAAGAGCAGAUGAUCUUUUUCGCUUUAUGAGGUGGUUGAGUGGAUUCUUAUUUUUCUCAUGCUAUCCUUCCGCUCCUUACAAGAGAAAAAUAAUGGCAAUGGAUCUCAUCUUGAUUAUGAUAAAUGUUUGGUCUAUUAAUCCGUCAAUUAGUGAGGAGUUUAAUAGUUCUUUGUCUGGAAAUCAUCUCUAUCCUUACAUUAAGGGAAUGACUUCAUCUGAUUCAACUCUAUUGUUAGUUGGUUCAAUUAUUGAUAGUUGGGACAGGUUAAGAGAGAGUUCCUUUCACAUAUUACUCCAUUUUCCAACCCCACUACCUGGAAUUUCAAAUGAAGACAUGCUGAAGAAGGUAAUUGCAUGGGCUAUGAAAUUAGUUUGUAGUCCACGUGUAAGGGAAAGUGAUGCUGGAGCUCUAACUGUACGGCUUAUUUUUAGAAAGUAUGCGUUGGAGCUAGGUUGGUUGAUUGAAGACUCAUUCAAGGUUGUCCAUUUAAGCUCAAAGUCUGAAUUGGUAAAUGAUGUUAAUCAGUCUAGUAAAUUGAGGAAUCCCGUGAUACUGUAUAUGAAAUCAAUGAUUGAUUGGUUAGAUGUUGCUGUAAGAAAUGGAGAGCAAGAUCUUUCUAAAGCAUGCGAGAGCAGCUUUGUCCAUGGUGUAUUACUCGCUUUACGUUAUACUUUUGAGGAAUUGGACUGGAAUUCGGAUGUCAUAUCGUCUAGCAUCUCAGAGAUGAGAUAUUUUUUGGAAAGACUUUUGGAGCUUGUUGUGCGGAUAACUUCAUUGGCACUUUGGGUGGUUUCUGCAGAUGCUUGGUAUCUGCCAGAAGACAUGGAUGAGAUGGUUGAUGAUGAUAAUCUUUUGUUGGAGAUACCAGAUCAUGAGCAUGAGCACAUGCCUUCAUCUGAAUAUGAGAACAAUAAUUCAAAGCCUUCCCAUGAUGUCAGAUCAUCGGAACAGAUUGUCAUGGUUGGUUUCUGGCUGGCUAUGAAAGAGGUGAGCCUUCUUUUGGGGACUAUUAUAAGAAAGGUACCAUUGCCAAGUAAUGCAUGUUCAGAUUUAUCUGAGUCGAAGGGUUUUUCUGUUGAUAAUGCUGCCUUUUCAUCUAAUUCUGUGAUUGAUUUGGAACAACUUGAAACAAUUGGGAAUCACUUUCUAGAAGUCCUCUUGAAGAUGAAGCAUAAUGGUGCAAUUGAUAAGACAAGGGCUGGGUUCACAACUCUUUGCAAUCGCUUACUUUGCUCAGAUGACCCAAGACUUCAUAGGUUGACAGAGUCCUGGAUGGAACAACUUAUGCAAAGAACUGUGGCCAAAGGACAAGUAGUGGAUGAUUUGCUGAGAAGAAGUGCUGGAAUACCUGCUGCAUUUACUGCUCUGUUUCUCUCAGAGCCAGAAGGCACACCAAAGAAGCUCCUCCCACGGGCAUUAAGGUGGCUUAUAGAUGUAGGUAAUGAGUUUAUGCUGAAUCACAUUGAAACUGAUAGCUUGAAUGAUAACUCAUGCAAGUCAAAUGAUUCAACAAAAGAAAAUAAUUCUACACAGACAGAUGAAACAAAUGUGAGACAGAUGUUGUCAAAGAUCAGAGAUGAGGGUGUGAUUCCUACAGUGCAUGCAUUUAAUGUUCUAAGAGCUGCAUUCAAUGACACUAACUUGGCCACUGAUACGUCUGGUUUCUCUGCUGAGGCUUUGGUUUUGUCUAUUCGCUCUUUCUCUUCACCAUACUGGGAAAUUAGAAAUAGUGCUUGUCUGGCUUAUACUGCUUUGGUUCGUCGCAUGAUUGGAUUCCUCAAUGUUCAUAAGCGAGAAUCAGCAAGACGUGCACUAACCGGGCUUGAGUUUUUUCAUAGGAAUGCUUAUAAUAUGGUGCUACACAAAUUUGGGGAGAAACUUUACUUAGGACUUGUGACAACCAUGACUUCUCAUCUAAGAGAAAUUUCUCAAUCAAUUGAAUCUGCUCAAGGGGAAAUUUUCUUGGAAGAGCUCAACAGGAAGUGGGUAGAUCAUAACAAGGCAUUGCAAAUGAUCCGAGACAUACUGAUGUACAUGGAUCGAACUUUCAUACCAAGCAACCAUAAAACUCCUGUUGAUGAGCUUGGAUUGAAUCUUUGGAGAGAUGUUGUGAUCCAUUCCAGCAAAACUCAGGCUAGGCUUCUAGAUACACUUCUUGAACUUGUGCUUAGAGAAAGGAAUGGUGAAGUGAUAAACAGAGGCUUGAUGAGAAAUAUAAUAAAGAUGCUAAUGGAUUUGGGUUUGUCUGUUUAUGGUUAUGAGCUCUCUUUAGCUGCAAAAGAGUCCUUCUUAACAAAAGACCCCCCACCUCGGGAAACUUGGUAUUCACAACAGCAACUAGCGCAGCAAAGACAUCCGUAAAACCCGGAGAUGCCAUCUGGGACUUCAAACAUGACCGACAAAAGAGGCCUCUUCCCCUAACCAAGUUUUCUGCAAAUAAUUCUGGGACUAUGUUUUUUAUAUUACUUGCAUUUACUUUGUUCACAA